CUGGCUUUAUUCAACACCAACACCCACCAUCUCCAGAGCUUUGUUGAACUCGGCCUCUAGGACUCCCCUCCCAUUAGUAUCUUUGUGUGUAAGGCUAGGGUUAGGGUUAGGGUACAGCUAAAGCGACGAUUGGGAAAACACAUCGCAACCAAGACAUUCAAUAUAUCUCAAAAACACCGCAACUAUGGCGAGAUUCACGAUCAUACUUCCGCUUCUCACUUUGAUUCUUUCAGUAUUCGCUGGUGGUUAGUUCCCCACAACUUCACGGAUAAUCUUAUCUAACAUCCAUCAGCACCUCCCUCCUUCUGUAAAUGUACCUGCUUCAGCAACAGCACCAUAAUCCCCCUCUCAACCAACACAUCUCCGCCUCCUUCCUCGCCCGAAAAAAGCCCUCGAGCAGCUUCUGCCUCCUGUACAACAUGCAAUAAAGCCUUCUGUCUCUCCCAAAGACUGCCAAUUUGUAAAGGAGCCGAGGAUAAAGAUGUCCUCACGACGUGUUUCCAGAGAGAUAGUAGAAAGGACCAGAUUGUUGUUUUGACUUUUAUUACGCUGACUGUGGGACUACUUGGGUGGGCGGGGUUGAGGAAAGUUGUCGAGGAGAGAAAUGAGUCUACGGGACCGAGGAUGGGGGAUGGGGGUCAAAGUUAUGUGCCCGUUGGACGAUAGAUGAAGCAACGAAUCGAUUAUGAAUAUCAAAUUUUGAAAGAGAACUCAACGGAGAAGGGAGAGACUCUCUGACGCCGGAGAGGGUUAAAGCUCUCGACCGACGCGAAACUUGCAUCAAGUUUUGUCGAGUUACCCGCACCAGGCUGUCCGGAAAUUCUACGACUUUGAUCGCCAGAUGCAUGCUGAACAAACUUCAUAUGAAGCAACUGAGAUAUUGAUUUACCGAAACUGUGGCUUCAAGUCUCUGACAUGUGGAAACAUGGCUUAAAACGGAGCUGCGCCAGGCAGUGGAGAGAUAGCAUGUUAUCCUUUAUUGGAUAGCAGAACUAGGAUAGUCUGGCUGUAGACUUUGAUAACGAUUGAGGACUGAAGGAGCUCGUCUUAUGGGACGUAGACGUAGACGACCCAGGAAUAUGGCGAAGCUGCAAACUAGUGUAUGAUAAUAGUGUAGAAGCAGAGCAGUUUUAAUAACCCUCAGCUAAACCGAGAAUGCUACUGAAUGAGUUCAGUAGUGAGAGAAGUUGACAGAAUACAAUGAACACCUG